UGAAAUGUAUUUAUUUUUGUGUUUUUAUGCAUUUGGAGAGAUUUUUGUAGAAUCUAUUUUUUGAAAAGCCUUGUCAAUGUUAUUUUUCUGUUUCAACUGUAUCAAAACGAGACGCCGCGUAUUUCCUCUUCGAGAAUGUAUGCAAAUUGAAGAAGAAAUAAAGUUUUGAAGAAAAAAAGGAGGAAGAGGGGGAAACUGGAUGAGGAAGCACGUCCUGUGGACACACGAUUAACAGACGAAAGUAUCACGAUAUUGAUCACCAACGUGGACAACAGCCAACACAUGGAUGAGGCAGUUGUGGACACCCAUAUUCCUUGUGACCUUGUAAAAGUUCUUGGCGUUGAGCCUCAGAUUCGCUCCAAAGCUGUGGCUUUCACCCAAGCUUUCCUGAAGAAAAACACUGAGCUGCGUCCACAACUUGAUGAAAAAAGUUUGCUGAGUCACAAGGCAGUGAUUUUGGAAUACACUAGGCCUAAGAAAAAGAGGAUCAACAAACAGAAAGCCAAAGGAUUAAAUGCUCAGCAGAAAAGGGAAGUGAAAAUCUUCCAUAUAAAAAGUGAACACCAGAGGUAUGACCUUUUUUUACCUCUGCAUAAUCUCUGGAAACAAUAUGUCAUUGAUCUCUGCAGUGGAUUAAAGCCAACAAGCAGUCCACAGUCUGUGCAGCAGAAACUAUUGAAGGCGGACUUCCAUGGUGCCAUUAUCACAGUGGUUCGAUCCAAAUGCCCUCCAUAUGUGGGCAUUACAGGAAUUUUGAUCCAGGAGUUCAAACAUGUUUUCAAAAUUAUUACAAAACAGGACACACUCAAAGUCAUCCCGAAAAGGAACAGUGUAUUUCAGGUGGAAAUAAAGGGCUUCAUCUCUUACAUCUACGGAAACAAGUUUGAGCAGCGAGCCAGCGAACGCUCAGCAAAAAAGUUCAAAAUCAGUGGUACAAUUGACUUGUGAAAGCAGGAUAUGUUUAUAUUGUGUUAUAGUGAGAACUAUUGCAUUUGGUUCAGUGUUAUUUUUGUGGGGCGGGGAGCAAGUAUUUGAUGUUUUUUGUUUUUGAACACUAGAAGUAAAUUGUUUUCAAUUAACCCCUUAAAAAAAGGAAUUUGCUGUUUUGUAACAAUGAUGCCAUGCUCUCUGUUUUUAUGCCCCCCACCGCCCAGCCUUCCCCCGUCCGGUCUGAAUAAAGACUUCAAUAUUUUGUCAGUACAGAUGAGUAUGUCUCAAGUAUAAACCUUCAACAUUCAAGAAACUCCCACGUUAAUGUGGCGGACAUCACGGAAGUCGAGUUUGCACUCAAUUUCAAGCAAGUCCAGUGAAGUGAUGACCUCCAUACAGAAAGUCAGAGUUGAAGUCAAGUCACACACUUCUCCUCAGUCAUAACAUGGAUUGGCACAUUAACUUUGCACUCUUUAUUUGUACUUGCAUUACUUACAAUACAAUAUUAUACAAACACAUUUACAACCCCACAGUUCAAGAUUUGGUCUCGAACCAGUCUGUCAUGUUCUUCAACUUUUUUCUGUCUCUCAAAUAAACUAACAAGUUGCAAAAUGUCACUGUUGUCUUUUUUUUCUUUCAGUUGUGAACCUUGACGAUCUGAUUUUGCAUUUCAAAAUAGAAAUAUGAUAAAAUAUUACAAAGGAAAAUUGCAUAGAUACUGUAUCAUGAAACCAGUCCACUUCUGCAGCAGACUCGACUAUCCCAAGAUUCCACCCAGUAUGAUUCAUCUAGAUCUAAUGAUGCUUUUGAAAAUAAGUCCUGUGAAAUCUG